AGUUUUACGUUUAUUUUGGUUAACGAACGCCCCACCGAUUCGCAAAAUGUUUCUGCGCGAAAAUACGCGGGCAGCCCGAGGCUCCACUCCCCAAGAUGUCGGCACUGUGGCACCUUAUGUGGCAGCCGCCAAGCGCGGUCCCUUCACCCUGACGAACCCGGUGUUCAAGCGCCGCAAUCCCUACCUGGAGAGUAGCGAGGAACCGUCGGGGGAGAUCCAGCACUCGUUCAACAUCAACCGGAAGGCGCUGGAGAACAACCACCGGCACCACCAGCGACUGAUUCCCGUGGCGGUCGGAAAGAAUCAGAUGCCCCAGACCCGCUCGCCUAUGGUGAUGAACGAGCAGCGCGAGCUGUACCGCCAGCACCGCGAGCGCCUGACGACCAUCAAGGGGAAGGUGAACACCUGCCUGCCGCCGCCCAAGGUCAAGGUCAGUGGCAACGGCAUGGAGCUGCCCUACAUGGAGAUGCUGACGGCCCUCUACAAGCGGAGCAACAACACGCUGCGGACGUUCACCCGCUCGCCGGAGCGACUGGCCGUCGGCCGCUGGCGGCACGUGAGCAUGGCCCGCGAGAAGGAGCAGAAGCAGCAGGAGAAGAACAAGCAGUUCCACAAGGGCGGGCAGCUCUUCGAUCCGGACGCGGGCAGAUCGCGCCGCAACAAGCCGAAGGCCUCGCACACCUUCAGCUACGAGAUUCCAAUGCACAUCCUGCACCGCUACGAGAGCCUCAUGGACCAAUGCGACGUGGGCAACCUCUGCAAGCUGCUGCGCCCGCAGAUCUACUUCGACGUCGAGGUGCGCGACACCCGCAUCCAGGGCCGGCUUAUCAUCCAGCUCUUCACGGAGGCCUGUCCCCAGGUGGUCCUCGAGUUCAUGCGCGCCUGCACGCAGGGCAACAGCGCCGCCAUCACCUUCUCGCGCACGCUCACACCCAUGUGGCUGGAGGGGCGCCUGGACAUGGGCCCCUCCACCGUGCUCAAACAGGAUCUCAGGAACAUUGAGCACGACUUCGACGUCCUCAAUCAUGGCGUCGAUGCUGGCAUCCUCUCGUUCCCCAGCCGCUAUGUGCGCAGCCAUCUCUGCUCCGCCAUCAACUUCACCAUCAGCUUCCAGCCGCUGUCGAUUCUCAACGGAAAGCGGAUUGCAUUCGGCAAGGUGCGCAAGGGAUUGCAUCUACUGGAGCGCAUUCAGGACGCCACCGGCCACCUGGCCACUUCUCAGGGCGUUGUCCUGAUAACUGGCUGUGGCGUGCUCUGAAUCAUUGGUCGUUCGAGUGUAAAAUUAUAGGAUGCAUCGUCAAAUUCAAUAAAACAUAAUGUAAAUUUUCCCAAAAUAAAAACAAAUAU